AUGGCUUAUGACCGAUACGCUGCCAUCUGCAACCCGUUGCGUUAUAGCAGGACAAUGAGCAAACGCGUCUGCAGUCAGCUGGUGGCCGGUGCAUGGCUGAUCGGAUCUUUGUAUGCCCUCAUCAACACGCUCCCUCUGUUGGACUUACAUUUCUGUGGGCCUAAUGCAAUCAACCAUUUCAGUUGUGAGCUCCCCUCCCUGGUGGCCCUGUCCUGCUCUGAGACCUUCACUAACGAUAUGGUGUUUCUCACCUCUGCUCUGACUGUAGGUCUGGUCUCAUUCUCCCUUACCCUGGGCUCCUACAUUUAUAUCCUCACCACCAUCCUGAGGAUACGCUCCGUGGAGGGCAGGCGUAAAGCCUUCUCCACCUGCAGCUCCCACCUCAUUGUGGUGGGUUUAUGCUACGGGACGGGUUUGUUUAGGUAUUUCAGACCCAAUUCGGUCUCUUCGGUGGUACUUGAUGGCCUGGUAUCCAUCCAGUACAGCAUCUUAACCCCCAUGUUAAACCCCCUCAUCUACAGCCUGAAAAACAAGGAGGUGAAGGCAGCUCUGAGGAGACUACUGGGGGGAAAGAACCACCCAGCUCCAGGGUAA